AUCUCUCCCCUGAGAAGUGUAGUAACUUCACAACCAGGAGAAGUCGGUCCUUAGGAGCCUUGAUUCCUGCCUGCACGCAAUGCCGCACGCUCCAGAGGAGAGGACCUGGCUGCUGGUGACAAGGACAUGGUCCAAGUGCCACCCCUGGGCAUUGCCAGCCACAGAGGGGAUGUGUUUGCCUGGGACAGGUGCAGUCCCGGUCUCACAGAUCAGGAGGUUCUGAGCUGUGACCAUGCCAUGCCAGCACCUAAAAUGUGAAACCCGUGGAGAAUUCCUAUUGCUGUGCAGUGAAUAGCAGGAAGCAAACCAUGGACACUCAGUUGUUCUCCCCAUUACUGGGAGCAGUCCCCGGUCCCCCCACGCCCCCGGAGCCCUCCCAGCUGUGCAGGGACUGGCCAGGAUGUGCUGAGGAUUUUGGAUCCCAAACUGCCUUCCAGGAGUGCCCAAAAAAAAGGGCACCAUUAAAUCUUUCUUACUCUGGCAAUGGCCCUGAUGUGUUUGGGUUGGUGUCGAGCAUUUUAGAGGAGCCAAACAAGCCAGAACCAGCCACAGAUUGGAAUUCUCUAGCAAGAUUGUUUCCCCCUGUGUGGGCACCUGAUCUGGGCAGCGAUGGGGAGCUCCCAGGGCUGCCAGGCCAGCACUGUGUCCAGAACAAGGAUUUUCCCAACCUGCUGGGCUCCAGCUGCCAUCAGGAACCCCUGCAGGAGCCUCCUGAGGUGGAGAUGCUGCACAGAGGUUUGGGAGACCUGCAGCUCCUCGAGUCUUGGCUCUCUCCUCCUCCUCAUCCCAGCAACGCCCCGAGGAACCCUGAGAAUUCCCCUUUGCAAACCACGGCUCCCCAGGAAGGCUUUUCCUUCCCAAAUGGGGGCUGGAACCAGCAUUUGUGCACUUACGACCACGGGAGGUUAAAUGGGGGCUAUGAAAAAUGUGGGUCCAAUUUUAGGCCUUUUUCUCCUCAGAGCAGGAUGAGAGAAAGCCCCAGCGUCCAGAAGGAGUUUUGGAAAAGAGGAAAAGCUCUGAAAAAUUAUGCUCAAGGGCAAACUAAGUAUUCCCCUGAUCUUUCCAAUCAGCCUGGUGAUAACUCUUGGGAUAAAGUACCCCAGGACAGCCGCCUGUUCUCUAAGAGAUAUGAGAACUUCCCAGCUGCUCACAAUCUGCAGUCACCUGUCCAUCCAUCCCUUUGUUUUUUCAAUCCACCCCCUAAGGAAAAUACUUUUUCUGGAGGAACAGGCAGAAAACCCCAGGAAAGCCAUGUGCAAAAUGGCCAUUGUGGCUUUACUUUAGGGGAUGCUUUUAAUAAUAAUGAUGAGUGUAAAGUGAAUAUGGGACCUAAGGAAAGCUCUCCUCAAGCAGCUGAAUGCGAUUUAUCUGUGCAAAAUGGGAAUUGCUCUUCGUACCAGGGGUGUGCGUGGCUGGAUGGGAGCAGUCUGGCAGCUGCAUCUGAAAUUCCAUAUGGAAAACAAAUGGCCACGAGCCCCCAGUCCUCAUCAGGGGUUUCCACCAUGUCUGGGGGCUCUCCCACCCACCAGCCUUUCACACAGCCCUCCUGCUACUCCCAGCUCCUUCCCGCCCUCCCUGCCAGGAAAGAUGGGAGCUUACAACCAUCAAAUGGAGUUUCCAGCCGCCUGGGGGUUCCUCAUUUCAUCUCAGAGAGCCAGAAGCAGAGGAGACCCGUUGGAAGGUCCCAGGAGGAUGCCGGGCUGAACAAGGAGGGGCGGCGCCGCAAAUUCCCCGUCCGUUUUCCGCCCGACUGGCUCGUGCAGCAGAAAGCUGCAGGUGAAGACCCUGCUGAGAAAUACCACAGGUUCCCAAAAAGGCAGAGCCAGGAGAGUGGCAGUAAAGGCGACAGGAGAGGUAGAAGGAGUUGGAUCCCUCACGUGGGAUCUAUGGCCCCAAACCGCCAGCCCUUCGACGUGUUCCCCACAAAGCACGAGCAGAACGGUGGCAGCUUGUCAGACUUCAUCAACCCUUCUCUGCUUCCUUCUUUCCCGUUCAUGCCUGAUUUUAAGCAAAAUCCCAGCUUCCCUCCAUUUAAUCACCAGCUGUUUCCAUCAGCAAAUGCUUUCAAUUUCCCUCCGCCGCCGUUUCCACUCUCGGACCUUGUUGAUCUUUUUCACUGCGACGACUUCAACCCCUUGGGUCCCUUCGUGGGUGAUCUCUUCCCUGGAGAAAUCCCUGCCCCCUGCUUUGCCUUUCCAGCCCCAUUUAACAAGUACAGACCCCCCAGGAGCCACAGUGGCCCCGCUAGCGAGCUCCACGUCCGGCUGGAGGAGUGUUCCGAGCAGUGGAGAGCUUUGGAGAAGGAGAGGAAGAAGGCUGAGGCUGACCUUGCAAGGCACUUCCCAGGGCAGCACAGCUCCAGCUGCAGCCCCGUGUCCCGGCUCCCCGCGCACCCGUCCCGCGUGGAUCGCCUGAUCGCCGAGCAGUCGCGGGAACGCGCCCGGGUGCUCGCACUGAUAGGAAGAAUGGAGAGGCUUUGUGGUGCUCCCCUGCACAGGAACAUCUCCAGGACCUUGGAGCUCCACCUGGAAGCCAUUCAGGUGACCCAGGCACGUCGGAAGGAUGAGAUUGGGAAUGCUGCAAACCCCCAGAGGCAUGGGGGGCCACGCUAUAACAACGACAAAGAUGUGCUGGCCCUGGCCGCUGCCCUGCGAGCCCUGGCUGGUGCCACGCGCAGGGCUCGCACCGCGCUCUGGUGCGCGCUGCAGGCGACCCUGCCAAAAUCCCCUCCAGCUGCACCCGAAAAUCAACAGCUUCUCCUGCAAGAGCUUCGUUCUUCAAGCACAACCAGCCAGGGAAAAAGCAGCGUGGAGCAGGAAAGCAGAGGAAGUGGAAAAGCAGAGGAAGCGAGGAAGAUUUUGGAAUAAUCGCCGAUAAUAAACGGAAAGCCGAGGAUGGGGAGGGGAGGGCUCAGGUCCUGCCCAGCACCA